GCGCUUUGUGACGUCACGCUGCUGAUUUCGCUACAAGCCUUCGCUUCAAAACUCCGAUGCCGGAGACACAGACUGAGGAGAAUUAGAAAAAGCUGCUUUUUACUUUAACGUCUGAAUGGAUGUGAAAGAGGAGGCGUUUGACGCUGACACAAUCAUGGAGAAAAGGGCCAUAAAUAUUAAGGAGGGGGACUGUGAAUGGGAGUCUGACCACCGUAAACAGGAGAGUUGGGGCAUUAAGGAAGGAGACAGUGACCUGGGGUCAUUUGAUAUCAAAGAAGAGGCAGAAGAGAAGUCUGUUAGUAUUGAGAUGCCCAAAUGUAAAAGUGUGGAGAAUCUCAAGGAAGAAGACCUUGAUGGAGUGGUGACCUGGUUGGACUCUUUUCAAAGCAGACACCGCUCAUCUCCAGAGCUUUCUAUCAAUGUGAAGUCUGAACCAUUACAGUCUGACACACAGAGGACUGUGGAGACUACAUCUGAUAGAACUCAUGAAAAUCAUCCACCAGCUACAAAGAAGCCUUUAAAAAGAAUCAAAUGUCAAUGCCGUUUGCAAUGUGGAAAACGAUUCUCUGACAAGAGUGCUUAUCUGAACCACGCAAGAGUUCACACUGGAAAGAAGCCGCAUUGCUGUAAUGAAUGUGGCAAACAGUUUUCACAAAUGAACCAUCUUCAAAGACACACUAGAGUUCACACUGGAGAGAAGCCGUAUUGCUGUAAUGAAUGUGGUAAGCGUUUUUCACAAAUGAGUCAUCUUCAGACACACGUUAGAAUUCACACGGGAGAGAAGCCACAUUGCUGUGGUGAAUGUGGCAGACAAUUCUCUAACCGAGGCCGUCUUCAGAGCCAUGCAAGAAUUCACACUGGAGAGAAGCCGUUUUGCUGUUUGGAAUGUGGGAAACCAUUUUUACGAAUGAGUGAUCUUCAGAGACACAGCAGAAUUCACACGGGAGAGAAGCCGUAUUGUUGUAAUGAAUGUGGUAGAAAAUUCUCUGAUGGGAGCAAUUUUCUUAAUCACACAAGAAUUCACACUGGAGAGAAGCCAUAUUGCUGUAAUGAAUGCGGCAUACCGUUUUCACGAAUGAGCUAUCUUCAAAGACAUACUAAAAUUCACACAAGAGAGAAGCCGUAUCGCUGUAAUGACUGUGGCACACAAUUCUCUGACAGGAGCCAUCUUCGGAGCCACUCAAGAAUUCACACCGCAGAGAAGUCAUAUUGCUGUUUGGAAUGUGGCAAACAAUUUUCGCAAUUGCACUGUCUUCAGAGACACACUAGAAUUCACACGGGAGAGAAGCCGUAUUGCUGUAAUGAAUGUGGUAAGCAGUUUUCACAAAAGGUCCAUCUUCAGACACACACUAGAACUCACACAGGAGAGGACCUGCUUUGCUGUAACGAAUGUGGCAGACAAUUCUGUAACAGGAGCCGUCUUCAGAGCCACACAAGAAUUCACACUGGGGAGAAGCCAUAUUGCUGUUUGGAAUGUGGGAAACUAUUUUUACGAAUGAGUAAUCUUCAGAGGCACCAAAGAAUUCACACGGGAGAGAAGCCGUAUUGCUGUAGUGAAUGUGGCAGACAGUUCUCUGACGGGAGCAAUUUUCUGAGCCACAUAAGAAUUCACACAGGAGAGAAGCCAUAUCGCUGUAUGGAAUGUGGCAAAACUUUCUGUAACAGGAGCCGUCUUCAGAGUCACACAAGAAUUCACACUGGAGAGAAGCCAUAUUGCUGUUUGGAAUGUGGCAAACAGUUUUCACGAAUGAGCCACCUUCAGAGACACGCUAAAAUUCACACAGAAGAGAAGGAAAGCCCAGAGUUCAGAUCAGGCAGCAGCGAGUGUGGAGAGGAGAUCACAGAAGAGAGAGCUGAGCAGCAGUCGGAGAUGGAUGUGAAAGAGGAAAUGUGUGACAUGAAUGUCAUGGAGAAAAAGACUUUAAAUGUUAAGGAGGAGGACUGUGAAUGGGAGUCUGUCCACCCUAAAAAGGAAAGUGUGGGCAUUAAGGAGGAGGACUGUGAACUGUGGUCAGUGGGCAUUAAAGAAGAGGCUGAAGAGAAGGCUGUCAGCAUUGAGACACCCAAUCACGAAAGUGUGGAGAGUCUCAAGGAAGAAGACCCUCAUGAUGGGUGUCAAGAUGGAGUGAUGACUGGGUUAGUCACCUCUCAAAGCAGACGCUGUGCAUCCCUGGAGUCUGCUGUUGAUGUGAAGUCUGAAUCAAUACAGCCUGACACAAAGAGGACUGAGGAAGUUUCAUCAGACAGACCAAGGCAAGAUCAACCACCACCUAAAAAUAAGUCUGGAAAAAGAAACAAUCUUUACUGCUGCUCUGAAUGUGGCAAACAGUUUUCACGAAGAAGCACUCUGCAGAGUCACAAAAGAAUUCACACUGGAGAGAAACCAUACUGCUGUUCUGAAUGUGGUAGACAGUUCUCACAAAGCAGUCAUCUUCAGUGCCACAAACGAACUCACACUGGGGAUAAGCCAUACUGCUGUUUAGAAUGUGGCAAACGAUUCUCACGGACCAACCAUCUCCAGCGCCAUAAACAAAUUCACACUGGAGAAAAGCCACACUGCUGUCAAGAAUGUGGCAAACGAUUCUCACAAUCAAGCACUCUUCAGCGCCACAAGAAAAUUCACACCAAAGAGAAGCCAUAUUGCUGUUCUCGGUGUGGCAAACACUUUUCAGAAAGAAGCCAACUUGAAAGCCACAAAAGAAUUAACACUGGAGAGAGCAGAGAAAAAUAUUGCUGCUCUCGAUGUGGCAAACAAUUCUGUAGCAGCCGUGACCUUCUCAGCCACGCAAGAAUUCACAACAGAGAGAAGCCAUAUUGUUGUUUGGAAUGUGGCAAACGAUUCUCACAAGCCAGCACUCUUCAUUGCCACAAACGAAUUCACAUAGGAGACAAGUCGUAUUGUUGCUCGGAAUGUGGAAAGCAAUUCUCUUACAGGAGUAAUCUUCUAAGCCACUCAAGAAUUCACACUGGAGAGAAGCCAUAUUGCUGUUUGGAAUGUGGCAAACGAUUCUCACGAGCUAGCAUUCUUCAGUGCCACAAACGAAUGCACACGGGAGAGAAGCCAUAUUGCUGUUCUGAAUGUGGCAAACAGUUUUCACAGAGUAACAUUCUUCAGCGCCACAAAAUAAUCCACACAGGAGAAAAGCCUUAUUGUUGUUCAGAAUGUGGAAAACAAUUCUGUCACAGCAGUAAUCUUCGGAUUCACAAAAGAAUUCACACAGGGGAGAAGCCAUAUAGCUGUUCUGAAUGUGGCAAACAGUUUUCACAAAAUAGCAUUCUUCAGCGCCAUCAAAAAAUUCACACAGAAGAGAAGUCUUUACAAGAUCCACCCAGUUCUGAUAAAGUUCAUCUCAACCACCAUGACAAAGGACAGAUCACUAUUCCGAACAUAAAAAUAAAAUGAGGAAUUUUUCAUUGAGACUCCUUAUCACCCCUACUGUUCUGCCAAGCAUUAAACCCAUUAAGCACCCUUCUAAAUGUUCUCUGCCAUGGAUUUAAUAUCGGCUUUCGCAAUGAACCAGAACCUCAGAUGGUUACUCACCUCCUGUUUAUCAACAAUUUGAAACUGCAAAGCUCUUACAGCCAUUGGAGGAGCAGCUACAGUUAGUAAAAAUGUUUUCAGAUGACAUAGGAAUGGAAUUCAGGCUUGACAAGUGUCCCAAAGCUACCCUCAUUAAUGGAACGCUAAUCUCCACUGCAAAUAUCGGCCUCGGUCAGGAGUGUGCUUUUAAGAAAUUGAACCGAGAUUAAACAUACAGACACCUUCAUGAAGGAGCAGACAUAAAUCAUAAAACACAAAGAUAAACACCAGCAAAAUAAAAUACUACAGCUUUGGGACAUUCAAUUGGCCACAAAUUUAAUAAACUUCAUAAACUGGACACCAAAAUGUGAAAAUUGCUUCAUGAGCACCAACCCAUUUACAAACAUCAAUGUAUUGCAAGAGUCUGUAUGCCAAGAUCGGAAGGAGGGUAUGGGCCUAAUUGAAAAUGACUACACUUACAGAUCAGUAGUAAUUGGAUUAUAUAUUUACCCGAUGAACUCCAAGAACCCAAAUGUACGAAGAAUAUUCAACCAUUAAGUAAGAAACACCCAAAAAAACAAAAAAACUCGGUUAUUAAGGAAAAAAUGAGGAAAUGACUAAAACUUCCCCACCUUGUGUACAAAUUGAUACAGUACAUUACACCUAGCAGCAUAAGGAACAAUUGAAAAAAAUAGAUCUGGAAAAAAAAAAUUAGGAAGACCACAAAUAUAGUGGUAAUUAUGUUGCCUUCCAUCAUGAGCCCUAUGUAGAUUCACAAUGUACCCCAUGCAUGGAUCAUAUGGGGCAAGCUAUGACCAAACGUUGAAUGCCUAAUCAUGGCUGCUUGCACAGAGCGAACUGUCAUUCUUCACAAAAAAAGGCACAACAAAGUGGGCAAGUUCAUUGACUGGAAAAUCUGCAAGAAGUAAAACUUCACAGCACCAGAAAGACACCGAGACCAAAUCCAGACCGCGUAAUGGAAAAUGAGGCAGUGUCGGUCACUUGGGACAUACCAGUACCAGUGGAUGGAAAAACAGAUACCAGAAAACCAGAUAUAUGAGGGACGUUCAAAACGUUUCCACACUUUUGUAUUUUCGUUAGAAAUGGAUAAGGUGGGAGGAGUAGUAAUUGGGCAUUAAAAAGUAGGUAUGAUGCGGGGAAAAUUGCAUUGCAAAUGAAUGUGACUAUGUAGAAAAGUGAUGUAAUUUGUUUUUGAAAUUCUUAACAAAUAGGAGAUUUUAAAAAAGUGCGGAAAAUUUUUUGAACAUCCCCUGUAGUUGUGAAGGAAAAGCAUUCUAAGAAAGCCUGGACAAUAGAAAUAUCAGUUCCUAGCGAUUACUCAGUGCGAAGAACGGGGAGGUAAAGAAUUACACAGUACCAGGAAAUGAUAUCCAACCUGUGGAAAAUUUGGGACAAAAAAAAUAAGGAAUACUUCCAGUUUUGCUGGGGUCAGCUGGACUAAUAAAAGAAAUGUUCAGGCCUAUCGUGGCCUCCUUCCAAUUACCAUAACUUCAUAUGAAUUGCAAAAGGAAGCAUUAUUAGGAACACUGCAGAGUCUUUGCAACACACUUAAAUAAAGCAGUACAACUGGACUAUCCUGACUAAAGAGUGAGGUUCGCUCCCACGCACCAAGAAAAUUUGGAGACAUUAACCUAGAGAGGAGCCAGGUGGCAAGCAGUUCUCUAACAGUUGUAAUCUUUUGAGCCAAAUAUGGAAAAGGCAGGAAGACCUUCACUGCUGAUGAUGGAAGAAUCCUCACUAUGGUAAAGAAAAAGCCCCCAACUGUAUGACAGGUCAGAAACAGACUUCAGGGGGCAGAUGUGGGUGUGUGUCAGCGAUGACUAUCAGCAGAAGACUUCAUAAAUGGGAAUACAGAGGACACACUGCAAGAUGCCAAUCACUAGCUAACCACUGAAACGAUAAUCUUAUUAUCGAUAAAGAAAGUCUGAAAAUUAUGGAGCAAUGUACUAGAAAGGUGCAACAAGAACUGUCAAAUGGAUGAAUUUCAUAGUAGGUCAAACCUGGCCACCAUCUCAUCAAAGCUACCCUUCUCAAAUAAGGAAGAUUGGAAAAAAAGCAGCUUUUAAAUUUGAAAGUAAUAUAAAAAGACGGGCACAAUUUCCUAACCUAAUUGUCUACUUGGAAGUUCAUGCUCAUAGUCUCAGAGUCUGCAGGACUGGUAGGUGGCCAUUACUUCAUACAUUUACUAUUAAAAGAGACACUUAAAAUGCCAAACAAUCACUGUAUUGGAGAACAACGUGCAACUGGCCUUAAAAGGAAACUGAAUAAAUUUAGGAUUUCCAUGAAGACUAUAAAGCUUUCAGGAGAGACAUAAUAGAGAAGGGUUCUGCUGUGAAAGUACCCAAAGAUAGCCUGAAUUGCAAUGAUGACAAGGUGUGAUAAAUUCCCCAUCAUGGUGUGUAUCAUCUAAAGAUAUACUGCGGUGGUUUUUGAUUGUACAGCCACUUACCAAGGGAUGUCUCUUGAUGAACAAUUACUGGAAGGUCCAGACCUAACUAACAUGCUCUUUGGCAUCCGUACAAGAUUUAGGGAAGAACCAAUGGUAAUAAUGGCAAAUAUUAAAUCAGUGUUGUACCAAGUUAAAGUCCCAGAAGUUCGUGGUGGCCUGAAAGUAACUUAAGUAAAGACUUGGAAGAAUUUAAAAUGACAGUACAUCUUUUUGGUGCCACUUCUUCACCCAGUUGUGCUUCUUAUGCUUGGCAUAGACCUGCUGAAGAUGCAAAAAAAAAAAAGAGGUUCCAGAAGAAGAAUUUAACACCAUAGCUUCUAUAUGUACGACAGUUUAAAGGCAAUUGCAACAGAGGAACAGGCUAUGAAGCUGGCAAGAGAUCUUAAAGCACUGUGCUUCAGAAGAGGAAUUCCACCCUACCAAGUCGAUGACUAACAGCAGGACAGUCUCAAUGUCUGCUUCAGAAGAAGACAGAGUUCUUGAGCAAAAGGAUUUAGACUUAAGCCUGAAUUUGUGUCCAGUGCAGUGUGCCCAGGGUGUCAAGGGGUGCACUGAAACAGACCGUUUCAAACUACAAGAUAAGGCGGCCACAAGAUGUGAUGUUCUGCCCAUGGUUAACUCUGUAUAUGACCUCUUUAGAACCAGAUGUACUGCCUGCAAAGCUUAUCUUAAGAGCAAGGAUAAGUACAGAUGGGAACAAGAAGUGGAAAUUAUUAUUAAAGAGCAAGCCAAAUGAAUGAUUCUCUCACUGAAGAUGAUCCAAAGAUUACAAUCCCUGCAGGAAACUUGACAAACAGCAGAAGCAAUCAAUGAAGUUGUAAAUACACUCAUGACCUACUUCUCAGAAUGGCUGUGUUUAAAGAAAGCUUUAGCACGGUUUCUCGAGUCUAGAGAAACACUGCUGCACUUAAAGGAUGAAAGAAAGACGUUUCAACUUGAAAGUCCGUCAAUCUGAAAGUCACGCAGAAAAACGGAAAAUGCUCACCACAGCAUAUAACGUCAAAACUGACAUUAAAUACACAACCAGUUUCUUCAGAGGCAGCUGAGCAUCCUGCAACUCUCCACAAACAUUCACAUGUUGCACUUUUUACUUAGACAGACCUGUGAAUAAACCCGGUCAGCUACAGAAACAGCAGGGGAUUUAAGGGAUCCUUAAAUAUUUGUUUUGUGCGUUUACGAUUGAAUCUGUGCUUAGAGUUUAUGAAUAAUAUUUGGCUCUCAAAAGUAAAAUGCAGUCUUUGCUCCUGACAUAAACAAUUAAGGGUUGGAAUGGUAAGAGCCAAAUCUUCUCAGUUAGUGUUAAUUGUAAAUCUACCUUCGUUUUUGAGGUACUAGGGUGUUGUACCGUGUUAGCCAUUAUGGAUGUAGUGAGAAGUCAAGAAGAAUGACCCCUUUGAUUGGCUAACUAAAAUAUUUGCAAUAUGCAAGCUUUCGAGGCAACUCGGGCCCCUUCUUCAGAAACUGGAAUUCCCUGUAUAUGCAUAUUAUGCAUAUUUAGUUAGC